CAUAAUAUAAAUUGUGUUCAAAUUAUUAAUAAUAUUAAGACGUUUUAUAAAUAUUUAUUAAAAAUGCCUAAUGAUUCGAAACGCAUAAACGGACCCGAUGCAACGGUUCCAUAUAGUAUUUAUACUAAUUUGAAUUCAGAAUCUUCAGAAUUGUUAAUAAAAAAUCAACUUCAAUUUCGAGUUGAUAAAAGAAAACAUAAUGAGUUCAGAAAAAUGUUUAUUAGAAUUGGAGUUGUGAGCCAAGCAAAAGGUUCGGCUUAUGUUGAAAUGGGCCAAACCAGAGUUAUAUGUUCUGUUUUUGAUCCAAGAGAAAUUCCAAAUAAAGCACAAUAUAGUACACAAGGAGAGUUAUUCUGUGAAUUUAAAUUUGCCCCUUUUGCUUCAUGUAAAAGGAAAGGUCACCAACAAGAUGCUGAAGAAAAAGAAUACAGUCUUAUCAUGCAAAGAGCCUUAGAACCAGCUGUUUGUAGACAUGAGUUCCCAAAUUUUCAAGUAGAUAUUUAUGCCUUAGUAUUAGACAAUGAUGGAUCAGCCUUAAGCACUGCAAUUAUGGCUGCAAGCCUAGCAUUGGCAAAUGCAAGUGUGCCGAUGUUUGGAAUUGUAACUGCAGUAACUGUUGUUAUUUAUGAUGAUUUAUUUAUAAUAGAUCCUACUUAUAAAGAAGAGGCACUUUGCCUCAAAACUAUUAAAAAAUUAAAGCCAGUAAAUCAUGGAAUAAUAAUGCAAGCAAUGUUGUCACAACAUGAUCAAAUAUCAGAAUUUUUUCUAACAGGAAGUAUGGAUAUAAAUUUUGUAAAUAGUUCAAUUGAUAUUUUGAGUAAAACAAGUAAUGAAAUUUAUCCAGUACUACAAGAAGCUCUUAGAAAAUCUAUACUGAAGAUGAUAAAAAAGAAAAAUCAACAAGAAAAAUAAUGUUAUAUAUUCAUUAUAGUACAAAUAUAUUUU